AAAGAUAAAAGUGAAUAUUUAAUCUUAAACUUAGUUGAGUAACAAAAUCCGAAUAUAAAACGUGAAAUUUUUCACUUAUGAGAGCAAAUAACAUAUUAAACGAUUAAAAUACAUUAUUAAAAAAAGAAUUAAAAAUAGGUACUUGAAGUGCCUUGUAAAGAUGGAAAGUGAGGCGUUGAAUACAUGGAAAAAGCUGGCAAUUCAUAAUUUUAUUCCAAAAGCUCUUAUUAUUGGUGUGCUUGGCAAUCUGAUUAAUUUUGUUAUAAUUUCAAGACCGUGUAUUAGAAGUUCUACAAAUAUUUUUUUCUCAAUAAUGACAUUCGUCGACACAUCAUUUAUGUUACUUAUAUAUUUAUUGUUAAGACAGUAUUACGACAAUAUUCAUCAUGAGAGUAAUGAAAUAUACUGGAGAAUGUUUGGCCUCAUUCGAUGGUUCUAUACAGCAUUCAUGUACAGUUCAGUGUAUCUUGCUCUCUUCUUGAUGUUCGAUCGAUAUACUGCUGUUUGCCAUCCCACCAAGCCAAAAUACGGCAUUGCUCAAACAAAGAAUCUUGUUUCCAUGAUUCUUCUUAUUUCUUUUCUAUUGUCAAUAUCAACUGCAUUUGAAUAUCAGCUUAUAACCAAAGAUGAAUUAUGCAGAAAUAACGAGAGUCAAUCGGCUUCUGAUCCUUUAGCAGUUACGUCUUCAGAUAUGUUUCAAGACGAUUAUAAUGAAGAAUCAUCAAACUCACAUGAACAUAAUGUCUCAUUUGAUAAUGAUGUGUUUUUAAAUGAACUCAGUUCGAAAGAAAAAUCCUAUUACGAUCCUAAGCUAACCAAUGAAACUUACCAUAAUCUAGCUUAUGCUGAUCAUAACAGUAAUAAUGAUGCUGAACUCACUGAGAUGAAAUCAAGAGCCCUUCCUGAGGGGAUUGUCAACACAUGCUCUCCUCAUUUCAAUCUAUAUCCAGUGGAAACAUCGCUUGCGAAAAACAAGUAUUACCGAGUAAUUUUCAAAUCAUUUGCUACUAUUUUAUUAAUACUGCCACUGAGCGUAAUGAUUGUAUUGGGCUGCUUGCUUUCCCCUGCCGUUUGUAGAAAAAAUAAAUUGCGUCAUCGAGUUGUCGCUCAACUGCCAUCUUUGGUUGAUAGUUCAGAAAAGAAAUCAACAGACUUUCUCAUUCGACAAAAUAAAAUUACUUUUCUCGUGAUAACGUUGGUUGCUACUCUUUUAAUAUGUCACACUCCGAAUGCUGUCUAUUUGUCGUAUGAAACUUGGUUUAGCAACGUACAAGCACUGGGUGACGAGUGGAAAAUGAAAAAUGUUAUCCAUGGUUUAGAAAUUUCAUCGAAAAUUCUCAUGUUCAUCAAUUGUUCCACUAAAAUAUUUGUUUAUCUUCUGUUGUAUGAUGAAUAUUGGACAUCAAUAAAAAGCUUGAAAAACUGUUUUCAAAGUUUACAUGCUUCAAGCGAGAUUAUUCAUACAUCAAAGCAUUUGUUUCCAUCGUCAAAGAUAGAUGUAGAAACUUUAUUGAAUUACAGUUUAAACAAAAAGCGAUAUUCUACUCAAAUAACACCAGAGGCUCAUUACAAAAGCUCUCUUUCAACUUUCGGUCCGCGCAAACAAUCAGUCACAUCAAAUAGCUCGAACACACCACGGUUGUCACUCGUAUCAUCACUUGCUGAAGGCUUCGAAAUGAAACGUCUAGAAAGGCACACAACUCCACAAAUGGAGCAUGAGACAAGCUUCAAAACUCUUCAUCUCAGCCCUUCUCAAAACAGUCUUACACGAAGCAAGUCAUUGAACAUUCAAUCGGCCAUGAAACAUUCACCAAAUUGUAGACUCAAUAAAAAGUUUUAAAUUGAAUAUUUUCUGUAAAAGGCAGAAAGCGCAGGUGACGUGAAAAAUGUUUUGUGACAGAAACUCUUGAGCUCUCAGCAGUAAAAAUAAAGAAGCUUUUUGUGACAGAUCUUGACAGGCUGUUACGAAACAUUCAUCCAACGAACAGUCAACAAAGAUUUUUUAAUGAAAAUUUUUCAAUUCCUUUUAGAACAAUCUCCCAAAAUUAAACAAAUCAAGC